AUGGCGUCUCAUGCAGCAAAAGGCAUCCAAGCAGAGUCGUCUCUCUUUCUCUGCGGUCUCAAGGCAUUAAUCAUCAACUUGCAAAACAAUACCUUCAACGGCCCAAUCCCUCAUGAGAUUGGUCGUCUUAGAAGGCUUCAAGUGAUAGAGUUUAGUAACAAUUCUUUCGGAGGCAAGAUCCCAACAAUCUUAUCACAGUGCACCAAUCUUUAUAAACUGAAUUUGAUUGACAAUGAGCUCACUGGAGGCAUAGUCCCCGAGAUAGCUUCUCUUGUCAGCCUCCAACAUUUAGGCUUGUCAAGAAACAUGCUUUUGGGGAUUAUCCCAUCAUUCCUAGGAAACCUCACAAAUCUAUCCCAACUUUCGUUGCGAGAUUGUGGCUUGCAAGGAGAGAUUCCGGAGUCGCUUUCUCAGCUUAGAAGAUUGUGGUUGCUAGUUGUGGGUGGCAAUUAUCUAACUGGCUCUAUCCCAUUAGCCCUUUAUAAUCUUUCAAGUGUUGAGUUUUUCGUAUUUGGUUACAAUAAACUCCAUGUGAAGACACCUGCUGAGGUAGGCUCUCUUCCUAAGUUGUCGCACCUUAGUCUAUCCAAUAAUCAUUUCACUGGUGUGCUUCCAGCUUCACUAUCGAACUCUUCCAUGAUUGUAAAUUUAAAUCUAAAUAGUAACAAUUUCAAUGGAAAUAUGAUCGAUUUAAAGAAGCUUUCAUCUCUUGAAGUGCUUGUGGUUGACUAUAACCGUUUGAAUGGAGAUAUAGGUAGUAUUGUAUCAUCCCUCACAAACUGCACCAACCUUAAGAUUUUGUCAUUGGGUGAUAACCAUUUCACUGGUUCAUUGCCAGAUUCCAUUGGCAAUCUUUCUAAUCACUUGUUUGCUCUAUCCAUUAUAGAAAAUCAGUUAAGUGGAAGCAUUCCAUCUUGUAUUGGAAACCUUGUUGGUCUCACUCUUUUAUCAACUAGUAUCAAUAAUCUAAGAGGUCCAGUUCCUUCCUCCAUUGGGAAACUUUCUAAGUUGCAAGAACUCUAUCUCUAUAAGAAUAGACUGGCAAAUGAGAUCCCAUUCUCAUUAGGCAACUUGACUUUGUUUAACUUUCUCAACUUGGGACGAAACAAUCUUUCUGGUAGUAUACCGCAAAGUCUUGGAAACUGUAGCAACUUGUCAUUUUUAGAUCUUUCAGAUAACAAUCUCAGUGGCUCAAUACCUUCCGAAAUCAUUAAGCUUUCCUCCAUUUCCCUUGCACUCAACCUAUCUUGCAACAGCUUCACGGGUACUAUUCCAUCAGAAGUAGGGACUUUGAAAAAUCUUGGAAUCAUGGACUUGUCCAACAACAGAUUAUCUGGAACCAUCCCACCUUCUUUGGGGAGUUGUGUGAUGCUCAUCUUGCUUCACCUAGGGACAAAUUCUUUUCAAGGUGAGAUACCUGAUAGUCUGAGGGCUUUGAGAGGUUUAGAAUUUUUGGAUCUUUCGCAGAAUAAUCUUUCUGGGAUAAUUCCAAGAUUUCUGGUUGAGUUUCACUUGAUACCUGGUAGCUUGUUGUAUAUCAACAUUUCUUUCAAUGAGUUGCAAGGUGAAGUCCCAACUCUCGGAGUUUUCCAAAAUGAAAGUGCAAUCUCACUUGAAGGAAACCAAGACUUGUGCGGAGGUAUUGCAACGCUAAACCUUCCUCCUUGUCCAUCAUCACAAAAACCCAACUACAAAGGCUUAGGGAAAAUCUUGAUCCCAACUAUUGCCGGGGCCUUAUGCCUAGCACUUGCAGUAUGUUGGAACCCCCUGACAUUCCAAGGGCCAGACUUUUUGAGGCUAUCUUACGGAGAUCUCUUGAGUGCCACAAAUGGAUUCUCGCAGACGAAUCUAGUUGGUGCAGGUAGAUUUGGAUCUGUGUAUAAAGCAACCAUCAAUGAUGAUGAUGAUGAGCAGACGGAUGUGGCAGUAAAGGUUCUUAAUCUUAACAUAAGAGGAGCUUCUAAGAGUCUGGUAUCAGAAUGCAAUGCAUUGAAAGGCAGACGACACAGAAACUUGCUCAAGAUUGUGAGUGUAUGUGAUAGCACUGAUUUUCAAGGGAAUGAUUUUAAGGCGUUGGUGUAUGAAUUUAUGGCCAACGGAAGCCUCGAGAAUUGGCUGCAUUGCGAUCCAUUGAAUGAAGGGUUUAGAGCUCUAAGUGCUAUUCAGAGACUGAAUAUUGCUAUUGAUAUUGCAUAUGCAGUUGAGUAUUUGCAUUGUGGUACUGACUCCACAGUUAUUCACGGAGAUUUGAAGCCGAGUAACAUUCUCUUGGAUCAAGCCAUGGUCGCCAAAGUUGGCGAUUUCGGAUUAGCCAAAAUCAUAUCAAGCAUUUCACAUAAUAUGUCAUCCACAGAAGGAAGCCGUUCAUCUGCAAUCAAGGGUACCAUAGGCUAUAUCGCUCCAGGUUAA